GCUUUAGUCUCCCUUCGUUGUUUUGAAUAGAGUAACUGUGAGGAUUAUUGCUGCGCUCCACUUGCAAGUCACUUGUUCCGACAUGUGCUAUUCUCUUCUAUUAUACGAAAUGCGAGCAACAUUCUGCUAAACAAAGUUGGAUUUUAACUACUCUUACAAAAAAAAAACUCUUUUAUUAGCUACCGUCAACGCUAACGUCUACAAAACAUGAUUUGACACUAAUACUGUAUCCAAGAACCGAGGAACCUUACACUCUGCAAGCAGCAGAAAACAAGGAGUCUAUAUCUCUUACAAAACAAUUACAACCAAUGAAAGUAGCAGGAGCGUUUGUAUUGAAUGUGUAUUACGCUGAACUGAAGGAUAUUACUACUCGAUGUUUCCUCAAGGUUGUGUCUCUUCUCCACUAGUGAUAAUGAAGCUGCGUAUCCAGCUACAGUGCAAGAAUUUACACGAGUACCUAAGGGAGCUUAGUCCAGAGCUUUUGGACAGAUUGUACAAUCAUCCUGCAACAUGUCUGGCUGUCUACAGAGAGCUUCCUGCACUGGCCAAGACUUAUGCACUGCGUAUGAUUUUCUUGGACCAACCACUGCCUCAGGCAGCCGUUGCAUUAUGGGUGAAAAAAGACGGUCAGAGGGAUCACGACGAGUGCAUGUCGGUGUUUGUAGGUCUCCGUCUCUGGCACAGUCAACAGCUGCAGGGUGGUCUACAGGGAUACAUUUUAAAUCCUGUAUUCAAAGAAAAUCUGAGGAUUGCACUCUUUGGAGGAGGUAAAGUUUGGGCCGAAGAACUUUCCAAUUUGGGGCCUGACCGACACGCUCGGGACAUUGACAGUCUGGACCACUAUGCGAUGGAGCGCUGGGAAGUGAUCCUUCACUUCAUGGUGGGUUCUCCCAGCGCUGCUGUGAGCCAGGAAUUGGCUCAGCUGCUGACUCAAGCUGGUCUCAUGAAGAGUGAGUCAGGGGAGGCGCCUUGCAUCACUUCUGCUGGUUUUCAAUUCCUCCUGCUGGACACAGCCUCUCAGUUGUGGUACUUCACCUUGCAGUACCUCAAAACUGCUCAGUCCCGGGGGAUGGAUCUGGUGGAGAUUUUGUCCUUCUUGUUCCAGCUCAGUUUCUCUACUCUGGGCAGAGAUUACUCAGUGGAAGGAAUGAGUGAGUCACUGUUGACCGUCCUGCAGCAUCUGCGGGAGUUUGGCCUGGUGUUCCAGCGUAAGAGGAAGUCACGGCGCUACUACCCGACCAGACUAGCGAUCAACCUGGCGGCAGGAGUCACUACCAACUCUCCCGCUCCUGCAGCAGGCCUGGGUUCUGCUGGUGCUGAGAACACAGGCUUUAUCGUGGUGGAGACAAAUUAUCGGAUAUAUGCCCACACAGACUCUGAACUUCAGAUUGCUCUUGUUGCUCUCUUCAGUGAGAUGUUGUAUAGACUCCCCAAUGUUGUGGUGGCUCAGGUCACCCGAGAGUCAGUGCAGCAGGCCAUCGCCAACGGCAUCACCGCUCAACAGAUUAUUCACUUCCUGAGAACCCGAGCACAUCCCAUUAUGCUGCAGCAGAAACCAGUGCUUCCCCCUACAGUAACCGAUCAGAUAAGACUGUGGGAGCUUGAGAGGGAUCGACUGCAGUUCACUGAGGGGGUUCUCUACAACCAAUUUCUCUCCCAAGCAGACUUUGAGGUGUUGCGUGACAGAGCACAGAGUCUGGAUUGUCUUGUGUGGCAGGAUCCCUCCAACAGAGUGUUGAUCGUCACACCUCAGGGUCACGGCGAGGUCAAGAGGUUUUGGAAACGGCAAAGGUCUCAAUAAUUAAUCACCUUGCAAGAAUAGAGGAAAUCCAUUGGCGUCUUUCACACUGUAGUAUUUUUCACAUGCAGUUUUUAAUAAAUGUGUCAUAAUAUGCCUCUUUGCAUAAUCUA